AUGUCGGUAUCGACGUCACCAUCGACACCGGAAAUGACGAGGAUCUGCCUGGUGGGACUGGUUGCGCAGGAUGCGGCCACGGUGGCGGCCGCGCAAAGCCUCAAAUUGCCGAUCGUGACUUCCGACACCGGGGCCGAGUACAUCGGUGCCGACGACAGCUGCAGCACGGUGUUCGUCCUGAACGACUUCGAGGGGCCGGUUUACGACGUGAUCUACCAGGCGAAGCAAAGAAUACUCGGACCACCGGCCUUACAGCAGGCUGUAAGAUUCAGUGAGGGCUUAGUUUGGAACAAUCGUCCCAUCUACAACUACUGCAUGCGUGGCGUUAUAACCUGCUUCACUGGUAUUCGGAAAAAGGACGAACUGACACAUCUGGUGCACUUGAUUCAUUCGAUGGGUGGUUCGAUUCGCAAAGAAAUGAACACGAAGGUCACACAUCUUAUUUGCAACUCCAGCGGAGGUGAAAAAUAUCGUUACGCCAUGACGUUCCGGUUGGCGAUAAUUCGCCCGAAUUGGGUACAGGAAGCGUGGAAAAACCGGCACGAUCCAAGCUUCAGCGCCACCUCGGAACCAUUCACCAAGCUGCACCGCCUGAAGGCGUUCGAAGGCCAAAAGGUGUGCUUUUUCGGCUUUCCGGAGGAGGAGCAGCAGCACAUGAUCGACGUGCUGAAGACGAACGGAGGCAUUCCGACGGAUCUGGAGGAUCCCGAAUGUUCGCACGUGGUCAUGCCUAACACGGGGGCACAUUUUGCCGAUGCCUCCAUGCCCGUCGAAAAUGUGUCACCAAGAGAGCUAACGCCGCCAUCUUCACCGGCGGUUGACUCGCACGAGAACGAAGAGAAUAGUGAUGGUGGUGUGAACGAUCCACGCUCCGAUCAGCUGCAGGAUAAAAGCGGAAGGCACACCCCCGUGGAACGGGAAGUGAACGCCGGAAUCAAUGCUAUCCUUCCGGCUCUACCGGAGGAGAACGAAUCAUCGGAAGCCGUGGCCGAAGAUGCUGCAGGAAGCGUUGCCGAUAUGCGAGCACAGCACAAUGGCGGUGUUCACAUGCUGAGUAUCGCGGAAAAUGACAACAAUCAUAACCAGCACGCGGAACGAACCUCGCGCCUUACGACAUUUUCCCCACCGAUGCCUUUCAUUGACGAGACCACCGAACGGGAGGACCCAUCUUCUGGGACUCCGGUAGUGCCAAGUCCCGCACCAAAGCAGGACGGCGUCGUGUUAACUUCGAGCGAGGCGAAUGAAUUCCUCGAUCCGAACAAUCUUUCUCCGAUUUUGAAGUCCGAACGCGGUGGAAUGGUCGAUGAAUCAUUCCGUAAAAUUGACGAAGAGAACGGAGACGAAGAUGAAGAUGACGAUAUGGAUGACUAUGUCAUCGCCACUCGGGAAGCGUACAAGCGGAAGCGCCCGGAGGAUAGCUUUGACGAUCCAUCCUUGCUGUCGGUGGACAUUUCCAUUGCCUCGAGCGUCGCGUACGCCGGGUCUGUUGUUGGCGGAUCGGCCAAGAAACCCAAGCUAACUCGCACGGGAUCCAUUACGCGCGGCAUAAGGCGUAGCAUGAGCUUCGCCGCCAUCAAAACCCCAAUCAAGAGCAUGCUACGAUCCCGCCGAAACUCGGUUGAUCCGAAUGGUUCCAGUGCGUCGAUCGCUACGAUCGAGACGACAUUCAACGAAUCGAUUAAGAAACCGGUGAAGGAAAAGCUCCGCAGCAUCCGAGACAAGAUCACCAAGAGCACAAAGAAGGACACACCGAAAUCGAUCAAGAGCAAGGGCCUGAUAACGCCGGCCAACCUGGACAGUCUGAAGAAGGUGUGCAACUUCAAGUCGACUGACAAAGUGGUGAUACCCAAUGGUGGCGCAGGGUUGCACACACCGGAACCCUCGAGGAUGGCAGACAGAAGUGAGGUAGAUUUUAAGACUCCCGUCGCGCCUGUUGCGGCUUUCGUUGGGUCGAAUGGAUCGGCGACUAAGAUAAUCACACGCAGUCGGGGAAAACUAGGCUCUAGCGUGCUGGCAAAGUCCAUGGCAUUGCAUCAACGCCACUCGAUUGCAUCAUUCGAAGAUGAAGCAGCCGAUAUUCGUCCGACCGCUGAUGCGAAUAGUACGAUUCCAUGCUCUAGUGACGAUAUUCUGACGGUAGAUAAAAAUACGCAGCAAAACCAAGCCGCUUUGGCCAACCUCGUGGUUUCUUCGAUGACCAUCAACGACGGUGAGAACGUCCCCGUCGCGUCAGAGGACGUCGAAAUGAUGCCGGUCGUUGAUGAACAUGUCGUUCAAUCGAAACCGGAAACGAAAAACAAAAACACUCAUAUCGUUAAGGCAGACUGGUUCUGGUACACGAUCCAAGCAGGCUAUGCGAACGAGAUCGACUAUCUAUUUGCAGACUACUUAGAAAGCAUAGCGCACACCCCGGUCGUGGAUCGACGGGAUUCACUGCCGGUGAGUUUCAACAAGCGCAAACGGAAACGCCUGUCUCAGCGUACGCCAGCGGAAGGUGGCACGCCUCUGGGUGUGGGCAAACGAAGAUCGUCCGUUUCUGACGCUGGGUUACUGUCGGUGUCGGGCAGCUUCCUUGACUGUACGACGAGCCCGGACAAGCAUGAGGCUAGCAAGAAAAACAUAAUCACCGAAACCGCCGAAGCCUCCAUUGAGCAACCCGCAAAAACGCAAUCGAUGAGGCACAAUCACUUCAUGGACUUCUUCCACACAGAAUCGAACUACGUCGGUAUCCUCGACACCAUCGUAAAGCUGUUCAAAGAGCCCCUCGAGGAGAUGGUCGAGAAUGAGAACCCGUUGCUGAACAAAUCCGAGCUCAGAUCAAUCUUUGGCAAUUUCCUUCCGAUACACGACGUCCACAAGCGCAUGCUGGAUCGGUUGAGGGCUAUACAUGGCAACUGGUCGGAGGAUGUGCUGAUCGGGCAGAUAGUGCUGGACCACAGGGACGAUCUGCUGAAGGCGUACCCGCCUUACGUGAAUUUCUUCGAGCAGAUGAAGGAAACGUUGGUGCAGUGUGACGCGAAUAAUCCGCGGUUUCAUGCAUUCCUCAAAAUUAAUCAGGCGAAACCGGAAUGUGGGCGGCAAUCGUUGCAGGAUUUAAUGAUCCGUCCAGUGCAGCGGUUGCCAAGUAUUAGUUUGCUUCUGAAUGAUAUAUUGAAGUACACCGCUAAAACGAAUCCUGACAGCAAAAAGCUCGAUGAAGCGCUAAAAGCAAUCAAAGAGGUGAUGACGUACAUCAACGAAGGCAAGCGUAAAACUGAGGGACAGAUGGCAAUGUUUGAUAUCUUCAAUGACAUCGACAACUGUCCGCCGGAUCUGGUUUCCUCGCAUCGAAGCUUUGUGUCGCGGUGCGAAGUGACCGAACUCUCGGACAAUCUCAGUGGAAGAGGUGAUCCUUUGGUGCUGUUUCUUUUCACCGAUUCGCUCGAAGUGUGCAAAAAGCGCUCGCGAGUGUUUAACAACGUCAAAUCGCCCAACACCAACAGCUUGAACCAUACGCGGUCCUCGUGCGCCACGACGAAACCAUACAAGCACGUAAAACUCAUGCCCCUGAGCACGAUCCGUGUGGUGAUCAACAUCAAGGAUAGUCCGCGUGCGUUCAUGCUAGAUUGCCGCGAACUGUCAAAGGAUCGCCAGUAUUCGUUCAACAUCGCGGAUGAGGAGCAGGAUAAGCUUAUCUAUCUGAAGAGUCUUUCGAAGCAGAUGGCAGAGAAUGCGUGCCGGACGGAUGUGGGACACUUCCUGAUCAGCAGUACCUCGGAGGAAGUCGACAUCGACGUCAGCGAUAUUAACGUCGGAACGCUUUCUAAAGCGUUCAAGUUCGCCUCCAAAACGCGCAUCAGGGUUGGCCGGGCGUUUUCGUUCAACAAAACCCCUUCGAAGCUGAAGCGUGCCGUUUCCACGAUUAUGCCAUCCCCGUUCGGUAGCACACAAUCGCUAACACCCGCUUCCCAGCUGGCGCAAAUGAAAUUGGCAAGCUGUACGAACAUAAAUGAGGUUGGUGACGAUGCAGCAGAAUCGAACGGUUCCUCGCCGUCCUCAUCGAAGGUUUUGAUAGCGCCAAUGUCCGUUCAGCCGACGCGCAAAAAUAAAAACCCCCCAAUAUCGAUCGGCGCUCUUCGGCCGCUAUAGAGUUCGGGUGGGGGGUUGGU